CGGAGCGCCCCUCGGGCCGCCGCCGCUUCUGCCCGGGCUCCUGCUGUUGCUGCUGUCGCCUGCGCCUGCUGCCCCAACUCGGCGCCCGACUUCUUCAUGGUGUGCGGAGGUCAUGUUCGCUCCUUAGCCGGCAAACGACUUUUCUCCUCGCCUCCUCGCCCCGCAUGUUCAGGACCAAACGAUCUGCGCUCGUCCGGCGUCUCUGGAGGAGCCGUGCGCCCGGCGGCGAGGACGAGGAGGAGGGUGUGGGGGGUGGUGGCGGAGGAGGCGAGCUGCGGGGAGAAGGGGCGACGGACGGCCGGGCUUAUGGGGUUGGUGGCGGCGGCGCGGGCAGGGCUGGCUGCUGCCUUGGCAAGGCGGUCCGAGGUGCCAAAGGUCACCAUCAUCCCCAGCCCCCAGCCUCGGGUGCCGGGGCGGCCGGGGGCGCCGAGGCGGAUCUGAAGGCGCUCACGCACUCGGUGCUCAAGAAACUCAAGGAACGGCAGCUGGAGCUGCUGCUCCAGGCCGUGGAGUCCCGAGGCGGUACGCGCACCGCGUGCCUCCUGCUGCCGGGCCGCCUGGACUGCAGGCUAGGCCCGGGGGCGCCCGCCAGCGCGCAGCCCGCGCAGCCGCCCUCGUCCUAUUCGCUCCCCCUCCUGCUGUGCAAAGUGUUCAGGUGGCCGGAUCUCAGGCAUUCCUCGGAAGUCAAGAGGCUGUGUUGCUGUGAAUCUUACGGGAAGAUCAACCCCGAGCUGGUGUGCUGCAACCCCCAUCACCUUAGCCGACUCUGCGAACUAGAGUCUCCCCCUCCUCCUUACUCCAGAUACCCAAUGGAUUUUCUCAAACCAACUGACUGUCCAGUUGCUGUACCUUCCUCCGCGGAAACCGGGGGAACAAAUUAUCUGGCCCCUGGGGGGCUCUCAGAUUCCCAACUUCUUCUGGAGCCUGGGGAUCGGUCACACUGGUGCGUGGUGGCAUACUGGGAGGAGAAGACGCGAGUCGGGAGGCUUUACUGUGUCCAAGAACCCUCCCUGGAUAUCUUCUAUGAUCUACCUCAGGGGAAUGGCUUUUGCCUCGGACAGCUCAAUUCGGACAACAAGAGCCAGCUGGUACAGAAAGUCCGGAGCAAGAUUGGCUGUGGCAUCCAGCUGACGAGGGAAGUGGAUGGUGUGUGGGUGUACAACCGCAGCAGUUACCCCAUCUUCAUCAAGUCCGCCACACUGGACAACCCGGACUCCAGGACGCUCUUGGUGCACAAGGUGUUUCCUGGUUUCUCCAUCAAGGCUUUUGACUAUGAGAAGGCAUACAGCCUGCAGCGGCCCAACGACCACGAAUUCAUGCAGCAGCCGUGGACGGGCUUUACAGUGCAGAUUAGCUUCGUGAAGGGCUGGGGCCAGUGCUACACCCGCCAGUUCAUCAGCAGCUGCCCGUGCUGGCUGGAGGUCAUCUUCAACAGCCGGUAGUCUGUGUGGGGAGCAGAGGACAGGACAGAGUGUGAGCCGAGCAGGCCACCAUUCAAACUACUUGCUGCUAACCUUUCUCUCCCGAGUGCUUGCUUCUCAUGCAAACUCUUUGGUCGGUUUUGUUGUUACCAUUGU